AUGUCCCCCGAGCGCCCGCAGAGGGUGGUGGCAGUGUCCCCCAUCACACCCCCCAUGCGGGUCCCCGUCUGUCCCCCCGCCCUCAUGCCCAAAGCCCCGGGGGACAGCUACAUUUUCCUUCCUGGUUGGAGCCGUGAUGCUGCCCAGCCGAAGAGGGACCCGCGGGGAAAGUCUGAGCAGCCCCAGGGGGGAGUGAACAGUCCGGAGUGUCCCCUCAUCCUCCCAGGAGAGGCUCCUGGCCCCCGGCAGGGCUCGGGGCCAAGCUGGGCUCCCUGCCCCGGGCCGGGCCGGAUGACAGAUGCCUGCAGUGGAGGAGAACAUGCAGCAGCCCCCGCUUCCAGCCUGGAUCCCUCUGACCCGGAGCUGCACUAUGAGGAGGAGGAGGAGGAGGAGGAGGAGCCCUCGGACACCAGCAGCAUCUUCUCUGAUGACUCCGUUUACCCUUGCUAUGAGCCCUCCCCGGGGGCUGGUGGUGCCAGGGACCUCAGCCUCUACCAGUGCUGUGCCAGGAAUGAUGCCAAGCUGCUGCGGGAGAGGCUGGAGCAUGGGGUGACCCGGAGUGAGGCCACGGAGCUGGACAUCAACGGGAGGAACGGGCUGAUGGUCGCCUGCUACAAGGGCUUCGUGGACAUCGUGCCCCUGCUGCAGAAGUGCCCCUACAUAAAUAUCAACCAGCAGGACAAGGACGGGAACACGGCCCUCAUGAUGGCUGCCCAGGCAGGACACAUCACCAUCGUCAACUACCUCCUCAACUACUACCCUGGGCUCGAGGUGGACAAGCGGGACCCUCGAGGCCUGACAGCGCUGAUGAAGGCUGCAGUGCAGGGGCGGCAGGACUGUGUGGCCGCCCUGCUCAUGGCUGGAGCAGACUUACAAGCGGUGGAUCCCGUCAAGGGGAAGACAGCCAGGGAGUGGGCAGCCUUCACUGGCCGCUUCGAGACAACCGUGCGGAUCCGAAGCCUCCUGCAGCACCCGCGGGCCGAGCAGUUUAGCACUCGGUACCGGCCCGAGUGGCCAGCCCUGGCCGAGCUGGGAGCCAAGGCUCUGAGCCCCAAAACCAGGGGCAAGAGGCUGUCAGACAAGAUCCGAUCAAUGUUCACCUUCAACUUCCCCCACGAUCCCGAGGAGGAUGGCAUGAUGGACCACAUGGUGAGGAUGACCACCUCCCUCGCCAGCCCUUUCGUGGCCACUGCUUGCCAAACCAUCUGCCCUGACAGCCCCCCUGAGGUGGGCAAGCACAGGCUGUCCGUGCCAGAGAUCCUUGGGCAGCACAUGCCAGAUCCAGAUGCUGAGCCAGAACAUACCUCAUGCCCCGGCACUGGUGCAUCCUCUUGCAAUGGCCAAGCCAUGUCGGAGAUCCGACUCCUGCCGCCGCGCCGGCCGGACAGGGGCCUCCUGAGCUUCCUGCCCCUGCGGCUGCGGUGCAGGAACAGCAUUUUCCCCGGAGAGCCCAUCCCGAAAAUCAAAGUGAGCAAAGCCUCCUUCCCACCGGCCCGCUCGAAGGAGCGGAGGCAGCGUGGGGGGGACAAGAACCUGCUGCAGCCUCCCAAGUGGAGGUACAAGGAGCUGAAGGAGGAGAAGAGAGCGGCCAAGGAGGCAGAGAGUGAGGAGAAAAAGAAGAAAAGGGGGAAGAGAUGCUAA